AUGAUCAACUGCCUCUAUGUCGCGGGAAAGGGGAAUGGUUUGGUGAAGAAUGCUGUGCUGGAGGUACAGGACGCCCAGAACCUGGAGAUUGUUGCGUUUUGUAAAGACCUGGCAAGCCUACGUUCCAGGUUCCCUCACGACGACAUCGGAACCAACCCGGGCUUCGUCCUCAGCCCCGUCAUUGCCCAGAGAGAGAGCGGACCGGACAAUAACUGCUCUGUCAAAGUUUCCAUUGAAAUCCCCGAAUCUCAGCAGCCUGUGACUUUCACCUGUGAUGUGAGUUCUCCAGUGGAGCUGCUGAUCAGUCAGACUCUCUGCUGGGUUCACGAUGACCUGGAUCAGGUGGACUUCUCCAGCUAUUUGCUCAAAGUGUGCGGUCGGGAGGAAGUGCUGCAGAAUAAACACAGCCUAGGCAGCCAUGAGUACAUCCAGAACUGCCGGAAGUGGGAGAACGAGAUCACCUUACAGCUGCUCUCUCACUCAACCAUGAGGAGGGACCUGGCGCGAAGUGCAGAAGAUGACGGUUCUCGACUCGACCUUGACAAAUAUCUCAGCCAUGUUGAUAGGCCUUUUAGGGAGAACGUCACCCGACAAGGUUUUGCUGACUAUUUGGAGGGAUACCACAAUCAGGUCAACAUCUGCUUAGAAAAUGAGAGUACCCAGUACAAGACCGUGGAGCGGGUGGUGCAGACUGUGAAGAACCUGUGCUGCGCCCUGGACGAGGUGGAGACGCAGUCCGUCACGGAAGCCAUCAAGAGACUCCGCCACUCUGUCAACCUAGCCAGGACGCGCUCGCCCAAGUUGGGAUCAACAUCACCUGGUCAGUCAUCAACUAGUGGCUCCAGUCCUGUGGAGGAGAGCAUGGCCUUACUAACGAAGGCCGUCUAUGACCUGGUCAAGCUCUACCUGCGCUCCUUCUGCCCGCCGUCGCCGUCCUUCAGCUUUUCUGCCUCGGCCCAGUCUGCGGACGAUGGUGGAGCCGGAGAGGGGAGGGGCAGCAAAGAAGCUUCUGGCACCACAGACCACCUGCAGUUUACUCUGUUUGCGCUGCAUGGCAUCCCAGGCCACUGGGUCAGCAGCUAUGAGAAGUACUUCCUGAUGUGCUCCCUCACCCACAAUGGGAAGAACCUUUUCAAGCCGGUCCAUUCCAAGAGAGUGGGCACAUAUAAAAGCUUUUUCUAUCACAUCAAAUGGGACGAACUGAUCAUUUUCCCCAUCGCCGUAGCCGUGCUCCCUCUGGAGUCCACGCUGAGUCUGAGUCUGUUUGGGGUCCUGAACCAGAACGCCAGUGGCUCGCCAGAUUCCAACAAACAGCGGAAAGCCCCAGAGUUUUUAGGCAAAGUCUCUAUGCCCCUGUUUGACUUCAGACGAGUUCUUGCACGAGACACGAGGUUCUUGUGUCUGUGGACGUCUGCUCAAGGAGCUGCUGGCGCUGCUGGUGCUACAGGUAGCCGCAAGAAGGUUCCUGCAGAAAGGAUCAUAUUACAGGUGGACUUCCCCAAAUCAGGGGUGGAUGUUUUAUAUGUUGGACCUAAGGAGGCCCCCAGCCCCGAGCCCCACACACUGGAAGAGCUGGACCCGGACCUGAGGCGGAAGCUGGAGAAAAUCUGCAGCCGAGCCUCCAAUUUUGGGUUGAAGCGCUCCGACCACCAGGUCCUGUGGGACCACCGGCUCCACUGCCGUCGGUACCACCCCAGCAGCCUCCCCAAAGUGCUGGCCAGCGCGCCCAGCUGGGACUGGGCCAGCAUGGCUCACAUCCACUCCCUGCUGCACCGCUGGCCCUCACUCCCCCUAGUCACUGCACUGGAGUUACUGGACUCAAAGUUUGCAGAUACCGAAGUGAGAAGUGUGGCUGUAAGCUGGAUUGAGAAGAGCAGUGAUGACGAACUCGCCGACUACCUGCCACAGCUAGUUCAGGCAAUAAAGUUUGAGUGUCACCUAAACAACUCUCUGGUCCUGUUCCUGCUAUCCAGAGCUCAAGGAAACAUCAAUAUUGCCCACUACCUGUACUGGCUACUCAAAGAUGCAGUGCAGGACUCUACCUGGGGGCGGCGCUAUGAGCAGGUCCUGGGUGCCUUGCUGUGUCUUUGUGGGAGCAAACUGAGGGCAGAGCUGGAAAAGCAGACUCACCUGGCCACUCUGCUGGGAACGGUCGCCGAGAGGGUCAGACAGGCCGGGGGAUCCACCAGACAGGUGGCGCUGCAGGAAGGCCUUGAAAACAUUCAGAACUUUUUCCAGAGAAACAGCUGCCGACUUCCCCUGAAUCCAAGUCUGGUAGCUAAGGAGCUAAACGUCAAGGCCUGUUCUUUCUUCAACUCCAACGCAGUUCCCCUUAAGCUGGCAUUGGUCAAUGCAGAUCCAUUAGGAGAGGAAAUCAAUGUUAUGUUUAAGGUAGGAGAAGACUUGAGGCAGGACAUGCUGGCUCUUCAGAUGAUUCGCAUUAUGGACCGCAUCUGGCUGCAGGAGGGGCUGGACCUCCGCAUUGUCAACUUCAAAUGCAUCUCCACCGGCCAGGAUAAAGGUAUGGUGGAGCUGGUGCCUUUCUCUGACACCCUCAGAAAGAUUCAGGUAGAAUAUGGCGUUACCGGAUCCUUUAAGGACAAACCUCUGGCUGAGUGGCUGCGCAAGUACAACCCUGCUGAGGAUGAAUAUGAGAAGGCAUCUGAGAACUUUAUCUACUCCUGCGCCGGUUGCUGCGUUGCGACCUACGUCCUCGGCAUCUGUGAUCGCCACAACGACAACAUCAUGCUGCGCUCCACCGGUCACAUGUUUCACAUAGACUUUGGCAAAUUCCUGGGCCACGCCCAGAUGUUUGGCAGCUUUAAAAGGGACCGAGCCCCAUUUGUUUUGACCUCCGACAUGGCGUACGUCAUCAACGGAGGGGAGCGUCCCACCAGUCGCUUCCAGCUGUUCGUAGACCUGUGCUGCCAAGCCUACAACCUCAUCCGCAAGAACUCCGGACUUUUCCUCCAUCUUCUGUCCUUGAUGAUGUCAUCGGGGCUGCCGGUUCUGACGGGCUCACAGGACCUGAAGUACGUGUUUGACGCCUUGCAGCCUCACAACACCGAUGCUGAGGCCACCAUCUUCUUUACGAGACUGAUCGAGUCCAGCCUGGGAAGCAUAGCCACCAAAUUCAACUUCUUCAUCCACAACCUCGCCCAGUUACGAUUCUCCGGCCUUCCUGCCAACGACGAGCCCAUCCUGUCCUUCUCGCCCAAGACGUACACCAUGAAGCAGGACGGGCGCAUCGUCCACGCCACCAUCUUCUCCUUCCAGAAGAGAUACAACCCGGACAAGCACUACACCUACGUGGUGAGGAUUAUGAGGGAAGGCCAAAACGAGGCUCAGUUUGUCUUCCGCACGUUCGACGAGUUUCAGGAGCUCCACAACAAACUGACCAUUGUGUUCCCGCUCUGGAAGCUGCCGGGUUUUCCAAACAAGAUGGUUCUUGGUCGCACCCACAUUAAGGAGGUGGCAGCCAAGAGGAAACUGGAGCUCAACAGUUACGUCCACAACCUGAUGAGGAGCUCCACAGAAGUGGCCCAGUGUGACCUGAUCUACACUUUCUUCCAUCCAAUUGCUCGCGAUGAGAAAACGGAGGGCUUAGACACCACACCCAAUCCACCUGAGCCUCUGCUGAGUCCAACCUCUGGUCGGGUGGAAGGAGAAGUGAAGCUUUCCAUCUCGUACAGAAACAGCACUCUGUUCAUCAUGGUCAUGCACAUCCGAGACUUGGUUUCUGAAGACGGAACGGAUCCGAACCCGUACGUAAAAACCUACCUGCUUCCUGAUCCUCACAAGACUUCAAAACGCAAGACGAAGAUCUCCAGGAAAACCAGGAACCCCACCUUCAACGAGAUGCUGGUGUACAGCAACUACAGCAAGGAAACCCUCAGCCUGCGGGAGCUGCAGCUGAGCGUGCUCAGCGCCGAGUCGCUGCGCGAGAACUACUUCCUGGGCGGCAUCACGCUCAGGCUCAAAGACUUUGACCUCAGCAAAGAGACGGUCAAGUGGUACAAACUGACCGCCGUUCCGUACUUCUGA